AUGAAUCAACGACAACUGCAACCAGUCUAUCUUAGUCAGAUUCUGCACGAUGUUAGACCACUGUUCGACUAUAUCAUCAGACCACUGCUACGUGCAGCAGUGCUUCUGAUAACUUUCUGUGAUCUUGCACCAAAAACCUUGGAUCACCGAGUCUUUACUUUUAUUAAUGUGAAUCGUCGGCAGAAACGAUUGCCAUCGAAGCAACUGCAAGAGCUGAUACAGUUGAAAGAGAGGAGACAAGCAGAGCUGAAGAAAGACCAAGAAAUUAGAAAAAAGCUGGAGAAAGAAAAGAGUAAACAACAAAAAUUAGGCGAUCAAAAGCUCAAACAGAAACAAGAGCUUGAAGGAAAAAGAUUAUUGCAGAAGAAGAAGCGACAAGAAACAUUGAAACAGCAACGCGAUUUGAAAAGGCAAGCCAAGCUUAAUUUGGGGGAGGCUGAGUUCGUGAAACAUUUACAUCGGUAUAUUAUGGAACCGUGUUUAUUACGUCUCUAUGGCUACCCAACGGAGAGCACCACUCACGAAGGUUGCAUCGAAAUUUUUAAGUAUAUACCUCACCAGUUUGGUUUACGAGGAAACAACUCGAGCGAGUCGGAAAGCAAAGCAAAGAAAAUCUGCGCAAGAUGUGGGCGUUCGUUCUACGUUACCGAUUCCUUUGAAUAUGUAAGCCACGAAAGCUGCACUUUUCACUGGGGAAAACUAAAUGGUACAUACAGCAAAGGGUGUUAUACCACACAAUACACAUGUUGUUCAGGUGCUAAGGAUUCGGAAGGCUGUGAACGUCACUCACAACACGUAUGGAGCGGUGUUGUCAAUGGUACAAAUGGGCCGUACAGUGAUUUCGUGCACACACUGCCACGUUCUGGUAAAACACCUGCUGCUUCCAAAGUGUACGCGUUGGAUUGUGAAAUGUGUUACACCGAUCGAGGACUCGAAGUAACUAAGGUCACAAUGGUUGCUUACGAUGGUCAGGUGGUUUAUGAUCAUUUUGUGCGGCCCACAGACAAAAUUGUAGAUUAUAACACACGCUUUUCCGGUGUAACCGCAAGCGAUCUAUGUAAAAAUAAAAACAAGAAUUUGAAAACCUUAAAAGAAGUUCAACAGGAUUUGCUGCAAUUGGUCGACGCCGAUACCAUACUCAUUGGUCAUGGCUUGGAGAAUGAUUUGCGUGUGUUGAGGAUAGUUCAUAAGAAGGUAGUAGAUACAGCAUACGAGUUCCCACACCCCUUAGGUUUCCCAUAUCGCCGUUCGCUUAAAAGUCUGACUAAAAAAUAUUUAAAGCGCGAAAUUCAAUGUGGGAAUGAGGGUCACGAUAGUUUGGAAGAUACGCAAGCAUGCUUGGAACUGAUGAUGUGGAAAGUACGUAAAUAUAUUGAUCUAGCAUAG